CCGCCUCCGCAAUUUUUGAACAAGCUCGGCGAUGCCGUUUAAUUCUUGAAGAGGAGUUGGAGGAGGAUGAGCCAUUUCUACCCAUGCAGGAUAUGGCUCAUACUAGCCCAUUGGGGAAAUCGAAGAUGGUGGCUAAUGUCCGUUCUCAGCGCGUGCAAAAUGAUGAUCCCAAGCCAACUCCUCAAAAACCCGCCCGAGAGACACAUACAACACAGACUGCUUCUCGCAAGCUGGGGGGCUGGAAAAAAGGGCCUGGGAAAGCUGAGCAAAAAAGGCACGGCGAAGGGGAAAGCAAUUGCUAACAAUAAAUCUCCUCUUGCUGAUGGACAGUGGGUAGAUGUCCCCAUUCAAAUGGGCUCGGCCAUAGUCCCCAACGCUGUGAAUCCUCCGCCACGGUAUGAGAACAAGGAAGGGUCGCGUGACUCGAGUCCGGACGGGGAUGCUCUUCUAUUUGAGCUGAAACGACGUACGCCUAGGGAGUCCCGUCCCUCUCAUCGAGCAAAACAAAAUCAUGUAGUCCAAGCUUUUGAGGCUGGAAUUUUGCUCGAUAAACCAGUGGAGGCCACUCGCAAUGAUGCUGGGAAGGACUCGGAGGUGCUUGCUAGCGAGCUAGAAAAAGCUCGUGAUGUCGGGGUGGGGGGGGGGGGGCUGCAGGAGCUCAAUGGAUAUGGAUCAAACUUUAACGAUCCAAGUAUUAAUUCGAGGAAGCGACCCUUCCAAGAGUCGGAAGGAGAUUUCUGUGAACCCCCAACCCCGAAAAAAUUGUUUGUUGAAGACAAGGAUACUGCUCUGACGGUGGAGGAACCUAGCCUGAAGUGGUCCUACCAGGAUAAAUGAGGCUUCUCGCAAGGAAUGUAAGAGGAAUUGGACCAUCCCUUACAUUCCAAACUGCUGUUGGUUUCAUUCAUUCGAAUAAACCAACAACAUGUGAGAGAGCCAAAUUUGAGGAUUUGCGGGAUCAGAAAAUUCAGAUUUGGAGCUCAAAUUUUUGGUAUGAAAAAUUUCGGAAUGUGCAGGCGGGAAAAAAAAAAGAGGGAGAUUGUGAAAUUUUUUAGAAACCAAUUUUCAAGGAGUCCCCAAUUGAAAGGUGUACCGAUUAUGUGAUUUAUUAAUAUAAACGUUUUGUUUAG